AUGACGGCAGCCGGUAUCACCACCGUCACGCUCCAGUCGCUGCCCCUCGUGGCUAGCGGAAAGGUUCGCGAGCUGUACAGGAUCGAUGAUUCCUCGCUGCUCAUGGUCGUGACCGACCGUAUCUCGGCCUAUGACGAGAUCCUUUCCAAUGGCGUCCCUGAUAAGGGCCACAUCCUUUGCCAAAUGUCCUCGCAUUGGUUCGACGUGCUCCGCGAGCGAGUUCCCGAGCUCAAGCACCACGUAAUCAGCAUGAGCCCGCCCGCCGCCCCCGGAGUCAUCACUGCCGAGGAGCACGCGCUCCUGCGCGGGCGCUGCAUGCAAAUCCGCUCCCUCAAGGUCUUUCCGAUUGAAGCGAUCGUCCGGGGUUACAUUACGGGGUCGGCCUGGAGUGAAUACUCCAAGAGCGGAACGGUGCACGGAAUGCCAGUUCCGCAGGGACUCCAGCUCUGCCAGGAGUUCCCCGGCGGUCCGAUGUACACGCCUUCAACCAAAGCCCCGGCAGGCGAAAAAGAUGAAAAUAUUUCGCCAGAUCAGGCUCGCAAAAUCGUCGGCGACAAGUACGCCAGCCAGAUCGAGGCUCUCGCGCUGAAGGUCUACAAGGCUGCCCACGCCUACGCGCUAGAACGCGGCGUGGUUAUUGCUGACACUAAAAUGGAAUUUGGUCUCGAUGAGAAAACAGAUGAAAUCAUCCUUGUAGACGAGGUCUUGACGCCUGACUGCUCUCGUUUCUGGCCCGCCCCGGUGCAGCUGGGCAAGGACCAGCCAAGCUACGACAAGCAGUACAUCCGCGACUACCUGACAGCCAACGGCCUCAAGGGCAAACCCGGCGUUGUGCUUCCAGACAAUGUUGUCGCCGAGACGACAAGCAAGUACAGAGAAGUUUUCCAAAAGCUCGCUGGACGGACGAUAGACGACGCUCUCAGUGGGCUUGACAACUAA